AUGGGUCGUACCCAUCAAAUGGGGAUUCUUCGACGUGCGUUGGAUCCAGAUGCUGAUGGCGAACGAGAGGUGCAUCUACUUUUUUCAAAGUCUCGUGUGGCACCUCUUACGGUUUCCAAAUUGGAGUUCUGCACUGCCUUGAUACUAGCCCAGCUGAUGCGGGACGUACGCAACAUGGAUCUCUUCGAUUGCCCGUUUUAUUGCUGGUCGGAUUCCGCUGUAGCUUUAUCAUGGAUAAGCGAUGAGCCUUCACGUUUCCAAGUAUUUAGUGCUAAUCGAAUUUCUUUAAUUCAAGAGCUAUCCAGUGGCAUGAAUUGGCGCUAUGUACCGAUUGACUGCAAUCCAGCCGACAUCUUGUCAAGAGGUGCUUCCCCGACUGAGCUUCUGGAAUUUGCCCUUUGGUUCAGAGGCCCAGCGUUUCUUCUCAAGAUUCAGCACGAUUGGCCUAAAUCUUGUUUGCCUGUAAAGACUCUGCCCGAGCUCAGAAAGCGCAUUUUGGUUGGCGUCUCUACCGAAGUGGAUCUGACUUUAAAAUGGAAGUUUUUGAAUUCCUGGCAAAAGAUGACCCACACAUUUGGAUAUGUAUACAAAUUUGCACACCGUAUAAGACGUCCUGGUCUUGCCGUCGAAGAUGUCAAAAUGGGCACUCAGAUGCUCAUCAGAUGUAUCCAAAUGAGCAACCUGGCUGAUGACUACUGGAGAUUGCAUUCUAACUUCGGUCUGAUGCGAGUUGGUGGCCGUCUACAGAAUUCGUCCUUGGAUAACAAUGUGCAGCAUCCUGUCAUACUGCCACGCCAGCAUCCAGUUACACGUGCCAUUAUACUGGACUUGCAUCGGAGGAACUUGCAUUCUGGUCCACGAGCUCUGCUCGCUCACAUGCGCCUUCAGUUUUGGCCGAUAGGUGGCCGGAAAACAGUGUCAGCUGCAGCGUCCAAAUGCGUCAUAUGCUUUCGUGCCAAGCCACAGCUUUCUCAGCACAUAAUGGCAGACUUGCCCAAGGAUCGCGUAAAAGCCACGUCUACGUUCAUGGUUACUGGUCUGGACUUCUGCGGUCCAUUUUAUUACAAAACCUGA